UAGUUCAAAGAAACUCCCGCGUACUUUUCAUUGUUUGGAUAAGCCAUGUGCGUUUGCUAGAUAUGCAUUGUGUUUACAACUGAAUGGCUACGAUGUCUAAACUAAAGAGGAAGAAAUCAUCGAUCGAGGAGAGUAGAUGCGAGCGACAGUCGAGGAACAAAAAGUCAAAUGACAGUCUGAGUGAAGUACAGGACAGCAGCUGCAGCACAACAUCUAACGUUACAGGCAGGACGAGGUGGUGGGAGAGCUCUGAUUUAAGUGAUGCGGAGAGACUCUGGGCUCUUACCUUGAGAGCUUUUUGCCCAUCCCUGCAGUCUGAUCAGGAAGAACGUAUUCCACAGCUCCCCCCACCUUCAUCCACGAAAACUCUUGUACAAGUAAGUGAUUGGAGGUGGUGCAGUGCAGAUGAAGAUGUUAAUCCCCCUCCAGAUUUGCCUGCUCCGUCUUUUCUCGCUACCCCACCACAAGUGAAUGGCUUCAGUGCCCCUCCACAACCUCCAGCAGAAGAAAACACAGGGGAAUCUGUCCCACCAGCCAUCACUGAUCAAGAGAAUCAUGCAUCUUCACCUGAUCAGGAAAGUGACGAACAAACUGUUCAGCCGCACCACCUAGAAGUCAAUUGCAUUGAGUUGUCCAAAGAACAGAGUGACUCAGCGACGCAAGAAGUUAAAAGAAGAUCUGGAGCAGGAUUGGAUGUAGAAUCUGGAGCAGGGAACGGGGCAAAAACAGGUGCAGGAGGAUCUGGAUCAUGGUUAAGAAUGAUAUCUGAAGCAGAAGGAUCGGUAUCAGGCAUGGGAACAAAACAAGGAGCAGGUGGAUCUGGAGCAGGGCAGAAAGUAAAAUCUGGAGCAAGUCAGCGGGCAAAAUCAGGAGAAAGAGGAUUGGAUGCGGAAUCUGGACUAGGGAAGGGGGUAAAAACAGGAUCACGGCUAAGAACAAUAUCUGAAGCUGUUUCAAGUAUGGGAACAAAACAAGGAGCAGGUGGAUCUGGAUCAGGGCAGAGAGCAAAAUCUGGGCUAGUAGGAUUUGGAGAAAAUCCAGGAACAAGUGGAUCUGGAUUGGGGCAGGGAACAAAAUCCGGAUCAGAGUUCGGAACAAAAUCAGUAGCAGACGGAUCUGGAGCAACAUCUAGAUCAAGAAUGGAGUGCUGCCCAAUGUGUUUGAUGCCAUUUCCUGCAGGGUUCACCCAAAUGGAAUGCGAUGGUCAUCUUGCACAAUGUUUAUCAGAGAUGCAUGAAGAUAUUAUUUGGUGAUGAUAAAGAAAUUCGCUUAUAUUAUUUUAGAUACUUGUGUUUUCCUUUAUGUUCCAUUUUGAUUAUCGUAAGCAGUAAAUACCUUAGUACUUAAUGACAAGCUAGUCUUUAGAUGUAUAUAAGUUAUUUAAAAAUGAAUUUGCGUUUUGAGAAUUCUGAGUUUUGUAUGCAAGCCCAUUUCCACUAAGUAAAAAUUAAAAAAAGGUAACUGCAGCUUUUUAUCUCACAGUUCUGACUUCUUUUCUUGCAUUUGUGAGUUUACAUCUGGCAGUUUACAUCUUUUUUUUCCUAAGAAUUGCGUUUUUGUCUCAGAAUUGCAUGAUACAGACUUGCAGUUCUAAGAAAUAAACUCGAAAGGUGCGAGGUGUAAAGUAAGAAUUGCGAGAUAUAAACUCACAAUUGUGACUUUUCUCGGAAUUGCUAUUUUAUAUCCCACAAUUAUGACUUUUUUCGCAGAAUUGCGAGUUUAUAUAUCGGAAUUAUGAUUUUAUAAUAUGCAAUUCUGAGUUAAGUCAGAAUUUUCAGAUAUAAACUUUCUGAGAACAUCUCACCUCAGAAUUGGACUUUAUAACUCAGUUGCGGGAUUGCGAGAUAUAAACUCGGAAUUGUGAGAAAAAAAGUCAGAAUUGCGAGAUACAAACUUGCAUCUGCAAGAAAAAAAAACAGAAUUGCGAGUUAUCUUUCUUGCAGUUGUUAAUAUUCCGCUAUUGUGACUCUAUAACUCGCAAUUAUGAGUUUAUAUCAUGCAAUUAUGAGAAAAAAAGUCUGAGUUUCGAGUUUAUAUGUUGCAAUUCUGACUUUAUAAUUUGCAGUUGUGAGUUUAUAUCCCACUAUUGUGACUUUAUAACUCAAAAUUAUGAGUUUAUAUCACAUAAUUCUGAGAGAAAAAGUCUGAAUUUCGAGUUAUGUCGCAAUUCUGAUUUUAAAACUUGCAAUUAUGAGUUUAUAUCAUGCAAUUCUGUGAGAAAAAGUCUGAAUCUCAAAUUGUUGCAAUUCUGACUUUAUAACUUGCAGUUGCGAGUUUAUAUUCCGCUAUUGUGACUUUAUAACUUGCAAUUAUGAGUUUAUCAUGCAAUUCUGACAAAAAGUCUAAAUUUGGAGUUUAUAUGUCACAUUUCUGACUUUAUAACUUGCAAUUGCGAGUUUAUAUCCUGCUAUUGUGACUUGUAACUCACAAUUUAUGAGUUUAUAUUACAUAAUUCUGAGAAAAAUUUUGAGUUCAUGUCCCAAUUCUGACUUUAUAACUUGCAAUUGCGAGUUUAUAUUCCGCUAUUGUGACUUACAACUCGCAAUUAUGACUUUACGUCAUGCUAUUCUGAGAAAAAAGUCUGAAUUUCGAGUUUGUGUCACAAUUCUGACUUUAUAACUUGCAAUUGUGAGUUUAUAUCCUGCUAUUGACUUUAGAACUCGUAAUAAUGAGUUUAUAUCACGCAAUUCUGAGAAAAAAAGUAUGAAUUUCGAGUUUAUACGUUGCAAUUCUGACUUUGUAACGUGCAAUUCCGAGUUUAUAUCUCAAUUCUGAGAAAAAAAAUUCAGAAUUGCAAGUUUGUAUUGUGCAAGUCUGAGGAAAAAGUCAGAAUUGUGAGAUAAAAGGAAUAGUUUACCUAAGAAGGAAGAUUUCCUGAAAAUGUACUUAACCUCAGGCCAUCCAAGAUGUAGAUGAGUUUGUUUUUUCAUCUGAACGGAUUUGGUACAGAAAUGUAGCCUUACGUUUCUUGCUCACCAAUGGAUCCUCUGCAGUGAAUGGGUGCCAUCAGAAUGAGAUGAGAUCAGAGUCCAAACAGCUGAAAAAACAUCACAAUCCACACAACUCCAGUUCAUCAAUUAACAUCUUGUAAAGUGAAAAGCUGUGUGUUUGUAAGAAACAAAUCCGUCAUUACAGUGUUUUAACUUUAAACUUUCGCUUCUGGACAAAAUAUGAACUGUCUUGGACUGUUUUAACUUGUAAACAGUGUUUGAUAUGUGCAUAUUUCCCUCUUGAUUCAGACAAAAUGAAUAUUAUUGAAUAGUUUGAAUAUUGCAUUUUAGCCGAAAGCAACAGUUUGAAAUUAAAAAUGUAUUAUUUAUAGAUUUAUUAAAAACACAUAACUUGUGGAUUAUUGUGGUUUUUAUCAGCUGUUUGUACUCUCAUUCUGACGGCACCCAUUCACUGCAGAGGAUCCACUGGUGAGCAAGUGACGUACUGCCAAAUUUUUCCAAACCUGCUGAGAUGAAGAAACAAACUCAUCUACAUACUGCAUUGCCUGAAGGCGAGUACAUGUUCUUUGGCAAA